AUGAAGAUGAGAGUUUUUCUGAUGGUGGGUAUCAUUGCAAUUCUUAUCUCUACAGCUACAGCUAUACCGGGAAUUGCCACUUUUUACACUCAAUAUGUUCCAUCUGCAUGCUACGGCAACCAGAGCCAAGGUGUCAUGGUUGCAGCAGCUAGUGACACCUUUUGGAACGGUGGUGCUGCAUGUGGGAAAUAUUACAAUGUUAGGUGCACAAGAGACCAUAAUGUUACAGUGAAAAUCGUCGAUCACUGUCCGGAUUGCUCAUCAACCAUCGACCUCUCUCGAGAAGCCUUUGCCAAGAUAGCUAAACCUAUGGCUGGAAUAGUAAUCGACAUUGAUUACCACCAGUAA